AUGGGCUUCGACCUCCACACCGGCGAGACCAACGACCCGAAGAGUGUGCGCAACUGGUGCAUCCAUAUGAUGGCCAACAUUGCCUCCAUGUCCGCCAUCGCCAUGGGCUACGACACGUCUGUUAUUUCGGACACCAUGGCUCUAGACUCGUUCCGCCUCGACAUUGGUCUCCUCUCAGCGUUGGGCACGUAUCGCCAUCUUUGUCGCCGCGACUGUCUUCGUCACCGGCGGUGUGUUCACGACGGCGGCAACGGCUUGCUCGCCAUGCUCAUUGUCGGAUGUGCCGUUGCCGGUCUUGGAAUCAGGGCAUCGCCGCUGAUUGUGCCCGUGUAUAUUGCGGAGACGGAGAUUACGUCUCAGGGAGGUGACAUGCUAGGAUUCUGGGCCGCCCAGUGGAUCGUUCCCCUUGGCCUGCGGCUCGUCCGCGGUGCCCUCCUUCUCUUGGGCAUGCUGAAAUGCCCCGAAUCGCUGCGAUGGCUGGCGAACCACGACCGUUGGGGAGAGGCAGAGAAAGUGUUCGUCGGCCUCCGCGCCCUGCCCGCCGACCCCCAAUACAUCCGAGGCGAGCUCUCCGAGAUCCACCAGUAG